ACCAGACAUGAGUGUACCAUAAGUUUCAGUUAUCUGCAAAGGAAGCUGAUACCGUCUCUCGGGUUGCGGAGAAGAGGACAACUUGAUGAUAAUGUGGUCAACAUUAUUAAUCAAGCCACGAGUGAAAUUAGUAAUGGUGUUGCUGGGUCAGAGCAGCUACGAAGGACGUUGUCAGUAAAGCACAAUAUGAGAAUAACAAGGGAACUAAGCAGAGAAUUAGUUCGAAUAAUUGACCCAGAGGGAGUGGAAAGACGAAAACGCCAUAGACUGAGACGCCGCCAAUACAUUUCGAGGGGCCCAAACUAUGUAUGGCAUUUGGAUGGAUAUGACAAGCUUGCUCCCUAUGGGAUCUAUAUACAUGGAUGCAUAGAUGGUUUCAGCAGGAAGGUGAUGUGGUUAAAGGCAGGAAUUACAAACAAAAGACCAGAAGUUAUUGCAUCAUACUUCAUAGAAGCAGUCAACCAAGAAGGUGGGUUCCCUCUAAGAGUCCGAGGUGACAGAGGCACUGAAAAUGGAGCAGUGGCAGCAGCUCAAAGAGCUCUUAGGGACAAUGAACGAGCUUUUUUAUAUGGACGAUCCACAUCUAAUCAGCGCAUUGAGAGAUGGUGGGGUUACUUGAGAAAUGCACGGGCAGACUACUGGAUGAAUGAAAUCAAGCUGUUGGAGAGGGACAAUAGAUUGGAAAGGGCAGAUCCUAUACAAAGAUUAUGCCUGCAAUAUGCACUCCUGCCAUUUAUUGGAAGGCAGCUGGAUGAAAUUAAGCAUCUCUGGAACACCCAUUCUAUUCGCAAUCAAAGAGUGGGGGAUACACUUCCUGGCAUUCCGGACAUUCUGCAUACACAAGUAGAAUUAUAUGGUGUGGAAGAUUACAAAAACGCCUGCUCGAUGCAAGAAAUGCAAUAUCUGCACCAGGAAUAUGAAAAUGAUUUUUUAAAUUUAGAUGGAGAAUUUUUAGAGAUAGUGGAGCAGGUCAGAGAAAUAAACAAUCUACCAGAUCCAGUACAAAUUUCCCACUUUCAGGAGGCCAAAGAUCUCUAUGUACAGCUGUCUUCUUACAUAAAUAACUUGUAA